CCUGCCGCAGGAACGUUUCAAAGAAUUGGUGCCGAAACCGAUAAAUCAUGUGGAUGGUAUCAGAAAGACGCUGAGGAUGACAAAGUUGGUGGACAAUUCGACUCUGGUAGAUCUUGUUGCUGGAAUGAGAGACAUCAUGAAAAUAAGAACUUUUCUACUAAACAAUCUCUAUUGUACGGAUAUUUGAUUCUGGAAGAAUCUGAGAAACAAAAUCCAGCCCGCUUAGUAAAAUGA